AAACGAGGCAGGUCGCACAAGUUGCUCCACCCCCAGCCUACAUCCUGCACUGAAGACUGAAGUAGCCUACUGCACACCUACAUCCUGCACUGAAGACUGAAGUAGCCUACUGCACAGCCAGAAGACAAACAGAGGUCAGAGAUCAACUCAACUCCAUUCACUGCAGCAGAGGCUGAACCAGUCACCGGUGACUAUCCAGACAUCAGCUCGAUCACCUCUGAACCACCCAAGAUCGCCUUUGACACGAUCACCUGCACCACACAGUUCAAUUCAGCUUCUAAGAGUGAUAUUUCCAACAUGGCUGAGCCAGCUACUGACGACAGCAAGUGCCUCUUCUUGGAAAAUGAUUUUUGCAACAGUGGGGUGGCACAAGCUGACUGGGCAGCCAAGAAGAUGGUUUGGGUGCCAUCAGAGAGGGAGGGCUUUGAGCCAGCCAGCAUCAAGGAGGAGAAGGGUGAUGAGGUGCUGGUGGAGCUCUCUAAUGGUCAGAAGGUGACGGUGACCAAAGACGACAUCCAGAAGAUGAACCCGCUCAAGUUCAGUAAGGUGGAGGACAUGGCUGCCCUCACUUUCCUCAAUGAAGCCUCUGUCCUCCACAACCUGCGAGAGAGAUACUUUUCCAGCCUGAUCUAUACGUACUCAGGUCUGUUCUGUGUGGUGGUAAACCCCUACAAGAUGCUGCCAAUCUACUCUGAAAAGAUCAUCGAGAUGUACAAGGGCAAAAAACGUCACGAGGUGCCGCCACACAUCUACUCCAUCACUGACAAUGCAUACAGGAACAUGUUGCAAGACCGUGAGGAUCAGUCUAUUCUCUGCACAGGAGAGUCUGGAGCAGGGAAGACAGAAAACACAAAGAAGGUGAUUCAGUACCUGGCCGUCGUCGCCUCAUCACACAAAGGCAAGAAGGAUGUCAACCCUCAGCAAGGAUCUCUGGCCUAUGGGGAGCUGGAGAAGCAGCUGUUGCAAGCUAAUCCCAUCCUGGAGGCCUUCGGAAAUGCCAAAACCAUCAAGAACGACAACUCCUCACGAUUUGGAAAGUUCAUCAAGCUCAACUUUGAUGUGACUGGCUAUAUUGUUGGAGCAAACAUUGACACCUACCUGCUGGAAAAGUCUCGCUGUAUUCGUCAGGCCAACACUGAGAGAGCCUUUCACAUCUUCUAUUACAUGGUGGCAGGAGCCAAAGACAAGAUGAGGGAGGAGCUGCUGCUAGAGGACUUCAGUAGCUAUCAUUUCCUGGUGGCUGGUCGUGUGGAGAUUCCCGGUCAGCAGGAUGAUGAGAUGUUUGAUGAGACUCUGGAGGCUAUGGAGAUCAUGGGCUUCACUGAAGAGGAGAGAUUAGGGAUGCUGAAGGUGGUGUCAACUGUGCUCCAGCUGGGCAACAUCAAGUUUGAAAAAGAGAGGAACAGUGAGCAGGCAACGAUGCCUGACAACACCGUGGCCCAGAAGGUGUGCCACCUGCAGGGUGUCAAUGUGACCGACUUCACCCGUGCAAUCCUUACCCCUCGAAUCAAAGUAGGCAGAGAGGUGGUGCAGAAGGCUCAAACCAAGCAGCAGGCUGAUUUUGCAGUUGAGGCUUUGGCCAAGGCCAUGUACGAGCGUCUGUUUUGCUGGAUCCUGAUGAGAGUCAACAAGACCCUGGACAAGAGUAAGAGGCAGUCAUCCUCCUUUCUGGGCAUCCUGGACAUUGCUGGCUUUGAAAUAUUUGAGGACAACUCGUUCGAGCAGCUCUGCAUCAACUACACCAACGAACGUCUCCAGCAGCUCUUCAACCACACCAUGUUCGUCCUGGAGCAGGAGGAGUACAAAAGGGAAGGCAUCGAAUGGAACUUCAUCGACUUUGGCCUCGACCUGCAGCCCUGCAUCGAGCUCAUUGAGAGGCCGAACAACCCUCCAGGCAUCCUGGCCCUGCUGGAUGAGGAGUGCUGGUUCCCAAAAGCCACUGAUGUUUCCUUUGUGGAAAAGCUGAUGAAUGCCCAUGCCAGUCAUGUUAAAUUCUCCAAACCUAAACAACACAAACAUAAACUGAUGUUUAGCAUUCUGCACUAUGCUGGUAAGGUCGACUACAAUGCUGCUGAUUGGUUGACAAAGAACAUGGACCCGCUGAACGACAAUGUGACUGCUCUGCUCAACAACUCCUCCAGCAUCUUCAUCCAGGACCUGUGGAAAGACGUGGAUCGAGUGGUGGGUCUGGAGACCAUGACCAAGAUGUCAGAGAGUUCAGUUCCCAGCUCCACUAAAUCCAAGAAGGGCAUGUUCCGUACAGUGGGUCAGCUUUACAAGGAGAGUCUGGGCAAACUGAUGACCACGCUGCACAACACCCAGCCCAACUUUGUCCGCUGCAUCAUCCCCAACCACGAGAAGAGAGCUGGUAAGAUGGACGCCCACCUGGUGCUGGAGCAGUUGAGGUGCAACGGGGUGCUGGAGGGAAUCCGAAUCUGCAGGCAGGGAUUUCCAAAUCGCAUCGUGUUCCAGGAGUUCAGGCAGAGAUAUGAGGUCUUGGCUGCCAGUGCUAUUCCUAAAGGCUUCAUGGAUGGGAAACAGGCAUGUUGCCUGAUGGUAAAGCACCUGGAUCUGGAUCCUAACCUGUAUCGCAUUGGUCAGAGCAAGAUGUUCUUCAGGACAGGAGUUUUGGCCCAGCUGGAAGAGGAGCGAGACAUCAAACUGACUGUUAUCAUCAUCGCCUUCCAGGGACAAGCAAGAGGCUUCCUGGCCCGCAAGGCAUUUAGUAAACGUCAGCAGCAGCUGAGUGCUGUGAAGGUAAUCCAGAGGAACUGCGCCUGUUACCUCAAACUCAAGAACUGGCAGUGGUGGAAGCUCUUCACUAAGGUGAAGCCCCUGCUGCAGGUAACCAGACAAGAAGAGGAAAUGGGUCAGAAGGAGGAGGAGCUAAAGGCGGCGAGAGAGGUGGCAGCCAAGGCUGAGGCCGAACUGAAAAACAUCACCCAGAAACACAACCAGCUGCUGGAGGAGCGAUCCCACCUGGAAUCAAAGUUUCAGGCAGAGACUGAGCUGUACAUUGAAGCCGAAGAGAUGAGGGUGCGACUGGAGGCCAAGAAGAAGGAGCUGGAGGAGGUGCUGCAUGAGAUGGAGGCCCGGCUGGAGGAGGAGGAGGAACGCAGCAGCGCCCUGCAACAGGAGAAGAAGGACAUAGAGCAGCAGCUACAGCUCAUGGAGGCCCGCAUAGCCCAGGAAGAAGAUGCUCGACAGAAGCUGCAUCUGGAGAAAGUGGCUAUGGAGGGGAAGGUGAAGAAAGCGGAGGAGGACAUCUUGCUCAUGAAAGACCAGAAUAACAAACUGCAGAAGGAACGAAAGCUUCUAGAGGAAAAGAUGGCUGAUAUGAGCUCUAACCUGGCCGAGGAGGAGGAGAAGUCCAAGAAUCUGACCAAACUCAAGAACAAAUACGAGUCCAUGAUGUCUGACCUGGAGAUGCGUCUGAAGAAGGAGGAGAAGGGUCGUCAGGACACAGAGAAGGCCAAGAGGAAAGUGGAGGCAGAGCUGACUGACCUCCAGGAGCAGCACACCGACCUGCAGGCCCAACUGGCUGAGCUCCAAGCCCAGCUAGCUGCCAAGGAAGAGGAGCUCCAGGCCACCCAGGCUCACUUGGAGGAGGAGAGUAGUCAGCGUGGAGCAGCAGUCAAGCGAGUUCGGGAGUUGGAGGCUCUGCUCUCAGAGCUGCAGGAGGACCUGGAGGCUGACAGGGCAGCGAGGGGGAAGGCUGAGGCUGCUCGACGGGACCUUGGGGAGGAGCUUAACGCUCUGCGAUCUGAGCUGGAGGACAGCCUGGACACCACUGCUGCCCAGCAGGAGCUACGGGUGAAGCGUGAGCAGGAGGUGGUCAUGUUGAAGAAAGCUAUGGAGGAGGAGGGACGGCGCCAUGAGGCCCAAAUCCAGGACCUGAGACAGAAACACAGCCAGGUUGUGGAGGAGCUCACUGAGCAGCUGGAGCAGGCCAAAAGAGUGAGAGCUGGUCUGGAGAAAACUAAGCAGGCUCUGGAGAAGGAGGCAGCAGACCUGAACGCUGACUUGCAAUGCCUCACCAGUGCCAAACAGGACGUGGAGCACAAGAAGAAGAAGGUGGAGGGUCAGCUGAAUGACCUCCACUCACGCUUCAAUGACAGUGAAAGGCAGAGGACUGAGCUGGCGGAGCGGGUCUCCAAGAUCACUAUGGAGCUGGACAGUGUGAUGGGUCUGUUGAAUGAGGCGGAAGGUAAGAACACCAAGCUGAGUAAAGAUGUCACCACCCUGUCCUCUCAGCUCCAGGACACACAGGAGCUGCUGUCAGAGGAGACCCGUCAAAAGCUGAAUCUUUCUGGAAGUCUGCGUCAGAUGGAGGAAGACAGGAACAGCCUGAUGGAGCAGCUGGAGGAGGAGACUGAGGCCAAAAGGGCCGUGGAGAGGCAGGUCUCUGGCCUCAAUGUGCAGCUGUCUGACUACAAGAAGAAACUAGAUGAAAUGUCGGGGAUGGUGGAGCUGCUGGAAGAAGCAAAGAAGCGUCUGCAGCGUGAUCUAGAGGUGGCUAAUGGCGAGUAUGAGGAGAAGGCCUCAGCUUAUGAUAAGUUGGAGAAGAGUCGAUUCCGGCUGCAGCAGGAGCUGGAGGACGUCCUCAUGGACCUGGACAAUAAGCAGCAGCUCGUCUCCAACCUGGAGAGGAAGCAGAAAAAGUUUGAUCAGAUGUUGGCAGAAGAACGAGCUGUGUCCUGUAAGUUUGCAGAGGAGCGGGAUCGGGCAGAGGCGGAGGCGAGAGAGAAGGAGACUCGUGUGUUAGCUCUGGCCAGAGCACUGGAAGAGAACCAGGAGGCUCUGGAGGAGGCAGAGAAGACCAUGAAGGUCCUCCGAGCUGAGAUGGAGGAUCUCAUCAGCUCCAAGGAUGACGUGGGAAAGAGCGUCCAUGACCUUGAAAAGGCAAAGCGUGGUUUGGAGGCCAUCAUGGAGGAGAUGAGGACCCAGAUGGAGGAGCUGGAGGAUGAACUCCAGGUUGCUGAGGAUGCCAAACUGCGUCUGGAGGUCAACACUCAGGCCCUGAGAGCUCAGCAUGAGAGGGAGCUGCAGUCCCGUGAUGAGAUGGGCGAGGAGAAAAGGAAGCAACUCCUCAGACAGGUGCGUGAGCUGGAGUCAGAGCUGGAGGAGGAGAGGAAGCAGCGAGCUCAGGUGUCUGCUGGGAAGAAGAAGCUGGAAGGGGAGCUGAAGGACAUGGAGGAUCAACUAGAAACCACCAGCAGGGGGCGUGAUGAGGCGGUCAAGCAGCACCGCAAGAUCCAGGGCCAGAUGAAGGACCUCCAGAUGGAGAUGGAGGGCUCUUGCAUAGCCCAAAAGGAGGUCCUUGCCUCAGCCAGAGAGUCUGAGCACAGAUCCAAGGCCAUGGAGGCUGAGAUCAUCCAGUUGCACGAGAUGUUGGCAGCGGCUGAGAGAGCUCGUAAGCAGGCGGCAAAAGAGAGGGAUGAGCUGUCUGAGGAACUGGGCAGUAACUCCUCUGGAAAGUCAAUGCUGUCUCAUGAAAAGCGUCAUCUGGAAACUAAGAUCAGCCAGUUGGAAGAGGAGCUGGAAGAGGAACAGUCCAAUGUGGAGACCCUCAAUGACCAGUUGAGGAAGAGCCAGCAGCUGGUGGAGCACCUGGGUUCAGAGCUGGCAGCAGAGAAAGCCUCCUCUCAGAGCAGGGAGGGAUCCAAGCAGCAGCUGGAACGGCAAAACCGGGAGCUGAGGGCCAAACUCCAAGAGACCGAGGGCCAGGGCCGCUCCAAACUCAAAUGCUCAAUCGCUGCUCUGGAGGCCAAGCUGAGAGAGGUUGAAAAGCAGCUGGAGAUCAAAAACAGAGAACAUCAGGCCAAUGCCAAGAUUCUGCGUCAGAAGGAAAAGAAACUGAAGGAUUUAACCAUCCAGAUGGAGGAUGAGAGGAAGCAGGCGCAGCAAUACAAAGAUCAGGCGGAGAAGGGCAACAUGCGGGUGAAGCAGCUGAAGCAUCAGCUGGAGGAGGCGGACGAGGAGGUGCAGCGUGUGACGGCAGCCCGCAAGAAACUGCAGCGGGAGUUGGAUGAGGCGACUGAGGCCAACAAUGCCCUCAGUAGAGAGGUGUCUUCAGUCAAGACCGAACUCAGACACUACUGAUCUGCAAACUGUCCUCUGGGCUUUCAGGGAAUACUCCUCUUCCUGAACAAGCUUUUUACUUCAUUGCUAUCCUAAUCCCUCUGGUUCACACCUGUUGAAAGAUUUCAGGGGCUUCUACUUUUGUCCUGCAUUUGCUUUGCAUUAAGACACCAAGUUCUCGCUGCUCUCUGCCCUUCAUCUCUUUCUGACUCUCCUCUUCCUCCUCUCUCUCUCUCUCUUCCUCCUGAUGUGUCGGAUGUU